GGGAUCGCAUCAUUUUGGAUGAGGCAAGUCAUACGUUCACAGAUUCAUGCAUUAUGUUGUUGUUUUCUUCAAUUGGCGUUCAAUUGGUUUCCCUGUAUAUGUCCAGUUGCUGUUUAAACGAUCUCUUUAUAUAACUUGCUCAUUAUGUAAAAGAUGCACACUGCAACAAGGCAAGAGCUGUUUUUGCUUUAGAAUCUUCUUACAAGUGAGCCUUAACUGGUCCGUUUCUUACAAGUUACUCCUUAGGCUUAUUACUUUUACAAAGAUUGUGAUUGCAGAGCACUUGAUUAUAGCUUCUCAACUGAGUGCCCACAGUGCCUCCACAAACGUGCACGCCACUUUCUCUGGUGGAAUAGAUAUAUUGUAAAACCUUUAGAAUCAAUUCAAUCCAAUGCGACUGGUAGAGAUGCGAUGGUUUUGUUGAAGCACAAAAUUCUGAAAAACCUAUUGCUAAAAGGUACCAAAAAGGAGAGAGCUACAGAUCUUGCACUUCCCCGGCAGACUGUAAGUUAUGUCUUACAUUAAUGCUGUGUGCUUCAAUUUGAUAAUAAUUUCCCAUGUGUGUAGUUUGUUACUUAUUUUUUGGAUUCAAGUUAUUGUGAGAAAAGAUUCUUUGGACGUGAAUGAAAAUGACUACUACCUACAAAUGUUAGAAGAAACCAUGGCAAAGUUGGAUAAAU